GUAAUCCCCGAAGACUCGGAGCAAGAGGAAACAGCCUGCGAAAUAGAUGGACGACUUCGAGCCAGAACAGCUCAAAAGGCCAUCCUCGCCAACUCCACCUCCUUUCGAAGCGAUUAUCUGAAUCGUUUUCAUAACCAAAUCUCUCCCCGCUACAAUUCCACAAACGCCCCUCGCAGAAUGAACAACCAAGUCGUUGACAUGGACAUUGACGCGACACGCAAGCGCAAUGCCCUUAGCCAAAAACGGAAACAUGACGGCAAGCCUCCUGGCGCCUGUUACUAUUGCGGAAAGACAGGACACUGGAAUGCUGACUGCCCGUCAUUACGCAGAGGCGUUCGACCGAUUCGAGGAAACUCGAAGAAACGCAUGGGUACAACAGGGAGAAGAAGCCGCGCGGUUGAUUUGGAAGGAGAAGACGACGCACCCGCUAUGGGAAACCAAGCGGGAAUAUAUCGAGGAAUGGAGACAGAGGAUGUUCAUCGCAACAACCAGCGGGUACCACAACCUGGUCCUUCGAUGGAACGUCCUCACUCUACCCCAUCCGGACGACCCCAGACGAACCAUGGGCAGCGCACUAUGCUACCUAACGGACGACGAGGAGACGGAGACGUCAGUCAUUCUGCUCGAAUCGGAGCAGUGCUCGGAGAAUUAGGAGAAGAUGAAGCCAGAGAAGUAAUCUUGGGACACGCGGAGCGUUUUUCCUGA